ACAGGACGAAGAGGAACCUCUUGAAGGUUGCAGCUACCUGCUGGCAGAUGCAGGGACGUUCUUGCAUACCAGCUCUCUAUUACAAGACAGGAGUGAAAGUGAAUUAGAACGCAGCAUCGGAGAUUCUUCAGAUGAUACCAAACCGGACACAGAAAGCGACUUGGAGACCCGCUCCAAGGGCAUACUUCGUUAUUCAUCCCCCUUACCUAUGCACAAGUGGGUCCAUCAGGUGGAUCCGAAUGAUGACAGCACUAUUCCACUGUUAUACAAUCCAAGUAGUUCUUGUGAAUGCUCCAGUCCAUGUAAACCCUCAGAGAACCAAGGGGAGGAGUAUGUCGGUUUUGAUAUGCUGCUGUGCCAAGUCCAACGAAAAGCAGUGAAAAAGGGAUUUGAGUUCACACUGAUGGUAGUAGGCGAGUCUGGUUUGGGCAAGUCCACUCUUAUCAACAGCCUCUUUCUCACAGAUCUGUACAAGGACCGGACUCUUUAUGAUGCUCAAGGUGAGGUUAAUCCAAAUGUUAAUUUGUGUGUAAGUUUGCUGCAGCUUCAAAAGACUGAUCAGAAAGGUAUUUUGUCUGUGCACAGAAAGGAUAAAUAAGACUUUAACAAUUACCAAGAAGAGAGUAGAAGUUGUUGAAAAGGGAGUUAAGCUACACCUCAACAUUGUGGAUACUCCAGGUUUUGGAGAUGCUCUCGACAACACUAACAGGUAGUUUAGAAGUUAACUCCCAAGCACUAAAGAGCAACUAUGUACAACUGUAUGAAGUAGAGUGAUGUUUUACCU